AUGAAUCCCAACGAAGGCGUGGCGCUGCAGGAAAAGUACAAGGUGGUGGUGGUCGGCAGGGGCGGCAUGGGCAAAAGCACCCUCACCACCCAGUUCAUCCAGUCAUAUUUUGUCUCCGAAUAUGACCCCACAAUUGAGGACAUAUAUAGAAAAAUCUGCAAGAUUGAUGGAACCCCAAUGCGCCUGGACAUUCUGGACACUGCUGGGCAGGAGGAGUUUGGGGCCAUGCGAAAGCAGUAUAUGCGCACAGGGGAAGGUUUUCUCCUGGUCUAUGCCAUCAAUAACCAUGGCAGUUUCAUCGAGAUCAAUAAGUUCCACACUCAGAUACUUCGAGUGAAAGACCGUGAUGAGUUCCCCAUGAUCCUCGUGGGCAACAAGACUGAUUUAGACCUUUAUUGGCAGGUGUCCAAAGAAGAAGCCCUCAGCUUUGUCCAGGAGAAUCGGAUCCCGUACAUGGAAGCUUCUGCGAAACUCCAUCUCAAUGUGGACAAAUCUUUCCAUGAGCUGGUGAGGGCCAUCAGGAGGUUUCAUGAGCUGGAUUCUCCUCCCGCCCCAACAGUUAACCCUAAGAAGAAAGAAAGCAAAGGCUGCCCUUGUUCCAUUCUGUAAACUGCCUUCCCGCACCAAGCUACGGAUCCUGGGAAGGGAAAGAAGA